AUGAGGUGCUCAUUUCUGUCUGCUGCUCUAGCAGCCUCGGCCUUUCUCGGCCCCUUUUCGGCCAUUUCUAUCCUCCUGGGCAACGAUGACGGCUUUGGAAGUGCUCAAAUUCGAGAAUUCUACCGCUUGUUGAAGGAGAGCGGCCACCAAGUUGUCAUGGUAGCCCCGGCUGACAACGAGAGUAGCCAGGGUGGUCGAUCUGUCUUCACGACCAACAAUUCAACCUCAACCCCCCCCGGUGCACCAUCGCUUGGUCGGGACCCUAACGACGCAGACAUCUGGUACUACAACGGCACGGCAGCGGCAUGCACCUUUGUUGCGCUCGACUACGUCCUUCCCAACUUCUAUUCCAAUCGAUCUAUUGAUCUCUACGUGGACGGCCCGAACUUCGGUCUCAACCAGGGCUACUUUUUUUAUACGUUGUCCGGGACUAUUGGUGGUACAUUUGCUGCAAUCCAGCGAAACAUUCCAGGAGUCGCCUUCUCCGGAGGCGACAGCGAGCAGCGUUCUUACGCGUGGAUCAACAAAACCACGGCCUCUGGCUACCCUGACCCGGCUACAAUUCAAGCCCAGCUGGCCACCAACCUUGCCAACCAGCUAGUCAAUAGCUCUCAGGGUGCCAGGCCGCUGAUGUCUGCUGGCUUCGGACUCAACGUCAACACCCCCGUCAUCACUUCGCCGACCAAUGACUCCUGCGUGAACCCUCCAUCCAUCCAGACACGGCUGGGCGGCGGUGCCACGACCGACAAAGCUAUCCUGAUCACGGACGGCAACAACGUCUGCAUCAACGGCAACUGCGCCUUGCCCGGUGAGACUCCCGUCGUGGACAACGGAUGCUAUGGUUCAGUGUCCGUCUUCUCGAUUGACUAUGAUGCUCCUAUGGGACCGGCGCAGCACGGUCUCCGAGCGGCGUUGCAACCGUUGGUGGCGUACGAGAACCCGGAUGCGAAGAUGAUGCUGAAGGCGAGAGAGUCGAUGAGUAGGGAGGAUGCUGCUGCACGACACCCUCUUCGCCAAGCAUGA